ACAAUUAUCUCAGGAUGGUUGGCCAGCACCAGGAGUAUGAGGACAGCGAUGCUAUAGCAUCUGAAGACGAGUAUGAGUGCUACAGGGCUGCAUUCAAUAGUAGUGGUCACCUUUUCUGCCUUGACAGUUCUAAUGGGAAGGAAGUGCUGGUGAGUUUAGAGGACGAGAAACCGUCUGAGAAACUUAUUGUACCUAAUAUUGGCAAGGACCACAAGAACGUAAUGGACGUUAAACCAGAGACUUGGGACAUAGAUUACGCUGAUAUCCAGGGACACCUAGAGAUAAGCCGGUACUACUGUCCAGUUCAGAUGACAUGUUACAACUGUAACGAGAACGGGCAUGUCAAGUACGAUUGUCCUAAACCAAGGAAAGAACACCCAUGUUUGAGUUGUGGUAUGACUGGACAUAAUCUGAGAGAUUGCUCACACGAACUUUGCUUCAAUUGCGGGAACCCCGGCCACAGUAAAAAGGAUUGCUCGAAACCGAUGGUUCCCAGAUGGAAGAACUGUCCGCGGUGCCACACUCCGGGUCACACAGAGUCCCAUUGUCCUGACAGAUGGAGACAGUACCACUCCACUACUAGUUAUGGUCCUCCUGUGGAACCUGAACCCGCUCCGGUACCGGAUAACAGACCUAUUUACUGUUAUAAUUGUGGUCGUGACGGUCACUGGGGAUUUGAGUGCCAAGAGGAGAGGCCAGACGAUGCCUACUACAUUGGAACCCAGUUUGUUGUGCGCUACGAUGCCUCUGCAAGCUCUCUGGCACCCCGGAUGAAACGGAAAGUCAAGGGCAAACAAGCUGACAACAAUGAUCAGCCAGGCUUCUCUGAUUCAGUUGUCAGUGAUGGCAGUACGAAGAAUGCUGCCAAGAAGAAACGUAAUAAGUCUUACUUUCCACGAUCUAAAUCGCUUGCUUCUGAGUUCCCAGCAAAGGAGAAGACUGAAACAUGGAAACGGCGGAGUAAAUCUGUCGACGAAACGUCUCAUUUUAAGGAGACUAACUUGUCUAAAUUCAAAUCUCGGUCCCAUAAAUCAUUUGAAAAACUGAGAAAUAGUGACGGUGGAAAACAAACAGACUCUCCUCCAAAUCAAAAACCUCGAAAGUACAACAAAAUCAAGGAGGAACUUGAGCGAAUGGGCAUUAACAAAAGCAAGAAAAAAAUGGAGAAUAAAAAAGGCAAUCCCAGGUCUCGGACAGAAAAUAAUGUAGGAAGUGAUGGGAAGAGCAGUGGGAACCAUGUUUCUUUCAAGGUGGAGAAGAAUGGGAAAAGAGGGAGUGGGGAGUAUGGUUACAAUUGGAAUAAACCAUCACCCAAUUUGAAUCAUGGUGUUAAUGGGGAAAGGACUAAGAGUAAAAACUCUCAAAAAGGGCCCGAAGGAAAAUCAAACACUCAGCAGGCUAAGAAAAACAAGAAAAAGAAUAAGAAAAAUAAUGGCUUUCAGAAAUCAACGUCUGUGUUUUCCUGAAAAUAACCUGCUUUCAAAUUUAGAAGAAAAUCUUUGCGGUCGCGGUGCUGGUGCAUCAGUUUCUACUGAAAAUAAUGAAGUUCGAAAUAUUUUGUGUUUUUAAACUUAUGUAAAUAAAGUUAAGUUUUGUAGUAAAUUUUUGCUGUUUAUGCAUUGCUGCUUUCGAUUUCCGUUUUUUGGGUGACAAUUUUGAUGUUAUUCGUAUGGGAUUUAAAUCUGGGUUGCACGAAUUUUACAAUUGCGUGUAACGAAUAUAAUAUAUAUAUUAAUGAUUAUCAGCAACUUUCGACAAUGACAGAAUGGUAUUAGAGUCAAUGAAAUGAGUUUUUUGGAAAUCAUUCGUCAGUCACGUUAGUUGACAAUAUUGUAGAUUGUCACACUAUCGUUAUUUUUAGCUUAUAUUUAGGGGUUAUUAACUUUAUUGUACUCGUAGUUCCAUGACUCUAGUUUGAAAUGAUGAAAAAGAGAACAUUUCUAUAUUUAACAUGGUAAGAAAACCAAAAGUAUUAUGCGCAUGAAACAAUGUUUGCGAGUACUUUGAAUUGUUGUUCCGAAAAGUGGUAUGGUAUACCUAGUAUUUUUGUUUAUUGUUUGAAAUGUGUUAAGAGUUUAAGUCGUUUUUUACUAUUUAUACUUGUAACCAAUGCAAAGAUAUUUAUGUGGUCCGACAGUUUUUAAAUUGAACCAGGUUUCAUUAAGAACACCACGGUAGUGCAGAGGUUAUAAUCUCAGAGAAAACCAAAAAAAAUGUGGAUACUUUUUAGAAGAGUAACGGAUUACUCUUCUUGAAAUGAUUUAUAUAUCGACUCAUUGGACUGAUAGAAUUUAGGCUAACAAUAACUUAGAAGACCCUCACGAUUAUUUAUUUAACGAUAUCACGCGUCCAUUAAUAUUAUGACACCAUCUAACUUGAAUUAUUAAUUUGAAUCGUUAGACUCUGCCUCAGUGGUUCUACAUUUAGCAUGAAUUUGGGUGAAAUUUAGUGUGGGCCGAGAAUUAAUUAGGAAUCUGUAUGGUUAUUAGAUUAUUUAUCAAAAGGUGGUUAAUUAAAUAAUUUGCAAAUUGUAGUCACUAAAAGUUUGGAGAGUGACUACAUGUAUAUUGCCUGAUCUUUUGGUGGACUUAUGUGAUUUCAAUCAAGCUUUUAAUUUAUUGCAUUUUUAUUC